AUGGCCAUGCCAACGGUCGUUUGGGUUGCAUGGGUCGCUGCCCAGAUCUCGAUGUUCAUCUACGCAUGCAGAGAGGCGUUCAACAUUCGUCUUUAUGCUGUCAAGGAGUAUGGUCUACUCAUCCACGAGUUCGAUCCAUGGUUCAACUUCCGUGCGACCAAGUACCUGGCUGAGAAUGGAUGGACGGCCUUCUUUCAUUGGUACGAUUACAUGAGUUGGUAUCCAGUGGGUCGACCGGUCGGAACCACCAUCUAUCCGGGAAUGCAGAUCACCUCGGUGGUGAUCUGGAAGGUCUUGCCCUGGUUUGGCAUCAACAUGUCCUUGAACGAUGUUUGCGUGUAUGUUCCUGCAUGGUUCGGUGUUGUAGCCACAACCUUCCUGGCCUUGUUGACCUGGGAGUGCGCUGGCUUCAUGGCGGCAGGAACGGCAGCCGCGCUGUUCAUGUCGAUCAUCCCUGCGCACAUCAUGCGAUCAGUAGCAGGAGGAUACGACAACGAGAGCGUGGCUAUCACUGCCAUGUGCAUGACCUUCUAUUUCUGGUGCCGCUCGUUGCGCAACGACAACUCGUGGUGGAUUGGAGCAUUUGCCGGUCUGGCGUACGUGUACAUGGUUAUGGUGUGGGGAGGCUACAUCUUCGUCCUCAACAUGGUCGGUGCUCACGCGAUUGCCGUCGUCUUCACUGGAUGCUUCACCUCGAAGCUUCACAGGGCUUACACCCUCUUCUACGUCAUCGGAACCGCUGGAGCCACCAGGGUUCCCGUGGUGGGAUUGUCGCCGCUGAAGAGCUUGGAGCAGUUGGGUCCCUUCGGUGUGUUUGUCAUCAUGCAGGUGCUUGAGUUCUGUGAGAUCCAACGGCGCAAGAAAGGGCUGACGAGCUUGCAAACUUUCAAGCUCCGCAUUGCCUCCUUCUCCGUCGUCGCUGCUGCCCUGGCUGGCGUUGCUAUGCUCCUGUACCCCACGGGCUACUUCGGGCCCCUUUCCGCCCGUGUUCGCGGCCUCUUCGUGCAGCACACCAGGACGGGAAAUCCACUCGUUGACUCAGUGGCUGAGCACCAGCCAGCCAGCCAGCAGGCCUACUGGCAGUACCUCCACUACGCCUGCUACUGGGCCCCCAUUGGCUUCCUGAUCUGCCUCGCCCGCGUCUCCCCUAUCGCCAAGGUGUCGAAGAUGUGCGGGGCCUCGGAGUGGUGGUGGAACUGCCGAGCUGACGCGAAGUUCUUCUUGGUCCUCUACGGAAUCAUCGGCUACUUCUUUUCCUUGAAAAUGGUUCGUUUGGUGCUUCUCAUGGGUCCCAUCACUUCUGCCCUUGCCGGCAUUGCGCUUGGAGCUUUCGGCGAGUGGGGAGUUCACCAGCUCUGCCUGUUGCUCUGGUUUUUGGAUGAUUCACCGAGCAAGGAGACUGAGGACUCCAAGGAUGCUGCUGCCGGUGAGGAGUCGGACCAGGACAAGAAGAAGUCAGGCAAGGCAAAGAAAGGAGCAUCACGCGCCUCCUGGCUCAGCGAAUCGACUAAGGAGCAGUUCAACCAGAUGUACAGCAUGGGGGAGAGCUUGUCUUCGGUCUUCUACGAGAGCUUCCCGGCCAAGAUUGCCCGUAUCGUCUUCGCCAUCUUCUUCGUCUACUACCUGAGACCCUACGCGCUCGAGUUCAAAAGCUACUGCCAUCAGCUCGCUCACGGCAUGUCCAACCCCUCCAUCGUCUUCAAGGCCCACACGAACAACGGGCAGGUUGUGGUGGUCAACGACUACCUGGAGGCAUACUACUGGUUGAGAGAUAAGACCCCCAAGGAGGCAAGAGUGAUGGCAUGGUGGGACUACGGUUAUCAGAUCACUGGCAUCGGCGAGCGAACGACCUUGGCAGACGGCAACACAUGGAACCACGAGCACAUCGCCACCAUCGCGUACGCACCCAAGAGCAAGGCGUCGGCGAGCUGGGAGAACACGGAGCUGACGACUCAGAUGUGGGCCAUCAUCCGAAACAACGACGUGAGGACCAUGCGAGCCCUCGUGAAGGCGGCGCCGACAGUGGUUCACGUGAGAGCUGAGGACGGACGAGGACCUCUGUGGUGGGCUUAUGAGUUCCAACGGCCUGAGAUGAGGAAAAUCUUGCUCGACGCGGGUUGUGAUGCCGAAGCGAAGGACAAGCGAGGAAUGCGAGCAAGAGACGUGGCGGCUAAGGGAGGGAAGCAGUCGAAGGGGAAGGAGAGAAGAAGAAGAAGAGGAAGAACUGAGAGUCUAGUCGUGAUACACGAGCUUUACCCAUCGUGA